CUUUCUUGGUAAAGUAUUUUGUAGUUUGCAACUGAAAAACCCAGUUACAAUGGGAAGCAAUUUCUUUCCAGCUCUUCUCAAGUCACAUCUACCCUCCUACUGGAACUAGUUCUUCCCCAUUCCUGCUCCCCGAGCUUUUUUUAGUCACUUCUCCUGCAAACUCUGUCUGGAUUGGAAGCGGCGAGCAGCAAAGUGCUUGCAAAUAGCACGGCUCAGUUUGGUUGCUAGCGUUUGUGCUGGGGGCUUUAAAAGGAAGCUGGGAGGAUAUGGCGCGUAGGCUUUUCUAAGCAGAGCGGUCAAUGUUCUGUUGUGAAAUGACAGGACUCGCUGCAGAGAAACCACACGGAGCAGAGGAAGUCGUUGACCGACAGUCUCGAAGGAGUCUCUUUGCUGUCACUCGCUGUCAGAAAUUCGCCUCCGCUGUCAUCUCGGGGUGUCAAGAGCAGGGAGGGUGACAUGAAAUAUUCCAGCUAUUAACAGCGACCGGUGCAGCUGAUUCUCUCUUCUGGAACCAGAUCAUGAGGAUCUCCUUGUGUUUGCUGCUUUUCUCUGUGGUACACGGUGGAGGUUGUAAAGAAAUGGAAGUGGCCGGAAUUGCAGAGGAAUCCGUCCAGUUACUGCCAGCGAAAUUGCCGGAGCCUUGGGCAGAAAUGACCUGGAAGGUUACACUAGACUCAGCACAGACGUAUCGGAUUGUAACAUUUAAUAAAACGGAUCCCCCUAACCUUGGGUCAUCCCCACAUUUUAUCAACAGAGUCACUUUCCACCCUGAGAAUCUCUCACUGCAGAUUGAUCCCGUUAAGAAGUCAGACAGUGGCUUCUAUACCUUCAUAAUUGACAUUGGAGGAGGCCGUGAAAACAUCACAAAGUUCCGUGUCUCUGUGUUUGAGCGAGUCCGGCAGCCAAACCUCAUGGUGCUCUCUGCCCACGCGGAGCUCGGCCAGUGCAACGUUACCCUGUCCUGCUCGGUGCCUGGCACUGACAGAGUCACCUACGGCUGGUCCCAAGACACGUCCCAGAUCCCGUCUGACCGGGACCAUCAGCUCCAUGGGAACCAAUCCCUGCUGCACGUAGUGAUUAAUGCAAACAGCAGUGACGUCUUCUACCGAUGUAACGCCAGUAACCGAGCCAGCUGGGCCGCAGCCACUGUAGAUGUCAAAUCAUUGUGUGACUCCCUAGCCACAGACUUUUUUCAGAAAGUCCCACUGUGGGCAAUUGUUGCUGCAGGGCUGGGGCUGCUGCUUCUGCUCACGGCGCUCACCCUCAUCUUCCUCUGCAAGCAUCGGAAGAAGCGACGCUCCUGCAAAGACGGUGACUCGCCCAUCACCAUCUACGAGGAAGUGGAGGAUGCCCGCCCCAGAAGAAACGCUAAUGGAAAUGCACAGAACAGAAGUGUAGGAAACACCAUCUACGCUGAGAUCAACUGCAACCCGCAAGUCGGAGACGUCACGGUGUACGCUGCUGUCCAGAGGCCUCCUUCUGUCAAGAAGAAGAAAAUCAACCCGUCCUUCAUCUCGACCAUCUACGCGGAGGUUCAAGACGCCCCUUCCAGACCCAGGCAUCCUCAAAAGCAGCGCUCAUCUUCACCUAAUCCUGGGCAUCUGUAUUCCUAGCUUCCGCAGCCCCUCGCGGCAGGACACAACCUUCCUUUCUUUAAAGGCCUUUUCCCCGUGGAGCGACUCCUUGCUGAUGGACAGACCUCCACCUGUGCAGCUAAGCACAGCUUUGAUCUGACCAGCUUGGAUGUACAAGACUUGGGGUUCUUCCUCCUUGCACUCAGAGCAGAAAUAUCACAAUAACAGCAUCUUCAUUCGUAUCGUGCAGUCCUAGGCCAAACCAUGAAGGCUCAUUGAAAACAAAUACAGAGGGAGCAGAGAACAGAUACCACAACCUUUUCUUUCUUUGGGAAAGGUUGUUUGAGAAGAUUUGAUGUGCAAAGAUGGUUGGUUUGGGGGUAUUUUUUGUUAAUUUCAACUGGUUCAACACUCCUUUGCAGUUUGCACGCAGGGAUGUGUAUAGAUUUAAUUGCAUUAACAGGCAUUGUGGGUUAAUUAGCUUAUUUAUAGCUUUAAAAAUAUAGCUAAGCAGGACAGAUGUAGGGUGUAACCUACCCUAAUGCUAGUGUAAGUCAGGAGUAACUCCACUGAAGUCAGCUAGGGCAGAUAAUCUGUUGGUGUAAAUCAACAGAGCUCCAAGUUACAGCUGUGUAAAACCAGGGUAAGUGAGAAGAGAUUCAGCCCCUACUCUUCAGGGAGGUGUCUAGGCCAGGGGGCAGGGAAUGGCACUGGAAUUUGAGGUUAAAAAUUUUGGUGACUGAGUUGCGUAAGAGCUGAGACACAGGUCUCGCAUCACUCAGGUGAGGAAGAAGAUGACUAUUAACAAUUGUUUUAUUUUGCACAAGACUAAUACAAGUGGAUACCAUCAGGUGCAAUUUAGGCAGAAAUUGUUUUGUUUUUUAAAAAAAGGUAUUUUACAAAACCAAAGAUCAAUAGAAAUAUAUCAAGAUUUAAAAAAAAAAAUCUCAAUCUUACACUGCAAUAGUUUGAGCCCAGUGUCUUGUUAGAGUGAGCAAGAGUCAAACUGACUAGAAACAAAGGUGAAACUGACCAGCCAGGUUUGUCCUGGCUGAGAGAAAUGCAAACCAGCAGAAUAGAGAGAAUCAAGAGGAAGUUUUGAACCUUCCUGUGACUUGCAUCAACUUGGUGGAAAAGGCAAGGAAACUUGUGUUUAAAAGUAGAGCAAGAGUGAGGAAGGAUAGCCCAAUGGGUAGGGCACUGCCAUAGCUUCUAGUGUGACCUUUGUGUAAGUCCUUUAGUCUCUCUCUCUCUCUCCUCCCAUUUCCCACAUCUACAAUGGGGAUAACAGCACUGCCUUGCCUGCUGGGUAGGGUGAUCGGAUGUCCCAAUUUUAUACGAACAGUCCUGAUUUUUGGGUCUUUUUCUUAUAUAGGCUCCUAUUACCCCCACCCCCUGUCCUGAUUUUUCACAUUUGCUGUCUGGUCACCCUAGUUAAACUCCAUAAUCUUCCUGGGUUUUUUCUAAUGCAAAUAAGCAUAUCAGUUUCCAUAAAACACACAUUUAGAAAAACAGAACAACGCCUGCCAUUGGUGAAAUGAGACAAAUUAUGGGCAAUAAAAUCUCAGUACCGUGAGAAAAAGGGGAAAAUAAAAGUCUAUUUAUGCAGAUAUCAUCUAUCUAUUUAUCCAUCAUUAACUCAUCCAGAGGUGAGGGCUCUGUUGUGGGAGAGGGUUGGUGGGGUUCUGUGGCCUGCGAUGGGCAGGAGGUCCUACUAGAUUAGUGGUUUUCAAACUGUGGGUCGCAACCUAGUACUGUGUUGCAGAAUGUAAGGCACUGGGUUGUGGUGGCUCUGGUGAGCACCGGUGAUCGAGCCGUUGAAAGUCCUGUCGGCAGUCCUGUCCAGCAAAGGCAGGCU